UGGUUAUUAAUUCUCCCUUUUUAUUUUGCAUUUUGGUUGUCCUCUUUUACAUACCUUACAUACUAGGACAUAUUUAUUGAGAAUAUGCUUUGUAUAAAACUCUCUUCUGUGUAAUUGAAAUUUAAGUUUAGAAUGAUAGUAUCCACACUGGCAUAUGAGUAACCUUAAUUAUCACAAAUUUCAAUGUCAGUUGGAGUAGCCAUAUUUGAUAUUUCUAUAAUUCAUAUUUUUCCUCUCUUUAGGAAGAAAUGGAUUGACCACAAAUGAUUUUAACCAAACUGAAGUUGCUGAAUUUUUCCUCAUGGGAUUUUCGAAUUCCUGGGAUAUUCAGAUUGUACAUGCUGCUGUAUUCUUCUUAGUUUACCUGGCAGCUCUCAUAGGAAAUCUCCUAAUCAUCAUGCUUACCACUCUGGAUGUUCACCUCCAAACCCCAAUGUAUUUCUUUUUGAGAAACUUGUCUUUCUUAGAUUUUUGUUACAUCUCUGUCACAAUUCCAAAAUCUAUUGUCAGUUCCUUGACUCAUGAUACUUCCAUUUCUUUCUUUGGGUGUGCUUUGCAAGCCUUCUUUUUCAUGGACUUGGCGACUACUGAGGUAGCCAUCCUUACAGUGAUGUCCUAUGACCGCUAUGUGGCCAUCUGCUGGCCCUUACGUUAUGAGGUCAUCAUAAACCAAGGUGUCUGUAUAAGGAUGAUGGCAAUGUCGUGGCUCAGUGGGAUGAUCUGUGGAUUCAUGCUUAUGACAGCAACAUUCUCAUUACCAUUCUGUGGGCACAAUAGAAUACGUCAAUUUUUCUGUAACAUUCCACAGCUCCUAAGCCUCUUAGAUCCCAAAAUAAUUACCAUUGAGAUUGGAGUAAUGGUUUUUGUUACAAGUCUUGUGAUAAUCUCCUUUGUUGUAAUUACUCUCUCCUAUAUGUACAUUUUUUCAGUCAUCAUGAGGAUUCCUUCUAGGGAGGGUAGAUCAAAAACAUUUUCUACCUGCAUUCCACAUCUUGUGGUUGUAACACUCUUUAUGAUAUCUGGCAGCAUUGCCUAUGUGAAGCCAAUUUCAAAUUCUCCCUCGGUUCUGGAUGUUUUCCUGUCUGUGUUCUACACAGUUGUGCCCCCAAUCCUGAACCCCAUCAUCUAUAGUCUGAAGAACAGAGACAUGAAGGCAGCCCUGAGAAGGCAGUGUGGUAUCCUAGGUGAAGAAUUAGAUUAGGGAUCAGAACUCCUGAACUCUUGUUCUCAUCAGACAAUUUGUAAGCUUUCUGGGCCUAUAUUUUCAGUUGAUUGCUGGGCUCUUUUUUGAUUUUUAAAUUAAAUUCAGCUAUAGUUUACAAUACUCUCCAAUUUGGGUGAAUUCAACCCUUGUGCUAAGACUGCACAUACAGCAGUACCCUGCCCUGACACUACUGCUUGCAGGGCAAAGAAGGUAUCCAGACCUGUGCUCACAAGCACCCCACCCUGUAGCCAACACCAUCUUCAACACAACCACACACAGUCACCAGAGGGGCAGCCUGCACUCCCUGCAGGUGCAUUUUCAACACCCACAGGGAGGCAAGCACCCCAAGACCUGCUAGCAUUCUGCCACACGUGCCCCUACAAGCAUGGAUCCUGCUGUCAUCACAAUACAAAAUGCUUUGGCUGACACAAGCCAUCAAACUGUACAGAGCACAUUAGCCCACUCAGUGUAGUGGAUUUCUAACCUUUACAUAAUGGUAAAGGGUUCAAUUCAAGAAGAACUAACUAUACUAAAUAUAUAUGCACCCAACACAGAGGCACACAGAUUCAUAGAGCAACUUCUUAGAGACCUUGAAAAAGACUCGGACUCCCACACAAUAAUAGUGGAAGACUUUUACACCCCACUGUUAAUAUUAGACAGAUCAUUGAGACAGUAAAUUAACAAAGAUAUUCAGGAGCUGAACUCAACGUUGUAUCAAAUGGACUUGAUAGAUAUCUACAGAACUCUACCCCCAAACAACUAAAUAUACACUUUUUUAUCACCACAUAGCACAUAAUGUGAAAUCAAUCACAUGAUCCAAAGUAAAACACUCCUCAGCAAAUUCAAUCAAAUUUGCAAUCAAAUUAGAAAUGAUGGCAAAGAAAUUCGCUCAAAACCAUAAAAUUACAUAGAAAUUGAGUAACCUCCUUCUGGUUAACUUUUGGGUAAAUAAUAAAAUUAAGACAGAAAUAAAAAAAAUUCCUUGAAACUACUGAGAACAAAGACACAACAGACCAGAAUUUCUGAGACACAGAUAAGGUAGUGUUAAGAGGAAAAUUUAUAGCACUAAAUGUUCACAUCAAAAGGUUAGAAAGAUCUGAAGUUAACAA